AUGUCUCCGAAUCUUCCAAACGGCUCCUGCUUUGGUCGGUCCGGAUCGCUCCUUAACUCUAAUCAACGGACACGAUAUCGCGUCUUCGCUCGUCACAGCAAGCGACCCGACGUCGGCAAGUCCCCCCCUCCCCCCUCGUGCGCCAUCCUCCCCGAAACCGCAGCGGAAGCCGCCACCGCCGCCUCGACACUAGACGGCGACUCCCCGCGCGCAGCGGCCGUUGCGCGCGCUGUCGCCACUGCCGUCGAAACCGCUGACCGCGCCGCGCUUCCCAGCGGCGCAGAGCUAGCGGCGCAGCUUCAGGAGCACCCGGCGCAACAGGCGCAGCCGCCUCCGCUGAUGAAAGUUCCCCCCGAGUCCCUGACGUACCCGUCGGGGUUCUUGGGGGGUUUCGGGGAUAACAACCCUUUGCCAGUGGAUUCCAAGGGACACGUGGCGGCUGACGUGGCCGUAGAUAAGGACGCGUAUCUGAGGCAGAUCCUGAGAUCUCGGGUGUAUGACGUGGCGAUCGAGAGCGCGCUGGAGUUCGCACCAAAGCUGAGCGAGAGGAUCGGCAACCGGGUGUUUUUGAAGCGGGAAGACACGCAGCCGGUGUUUUCGUUCAAGCUGCGAGGGGCCUACAACAUGAUGGCGCACCUCUCGCAACGGCAGCUCGCCAAGGGCGUCAUCUGCUCGUCCGCAGGCAACCACGCGCAGGGAGUGGCGCUCUCUGCUUCCAGACUGCACUGCAGUGCCAUUAUAGCGAUGCCAGUGACGACCCCAGAGAUCAAGUGGCGCGCAGUGCAGCGGCUAGGGGCGGAGGUGGUGCUGGUGGGGGACUCAUACGAUGAGACUCAGGCGUACGCCAAGAAACGGGCAGAGGAGGAGGGCCGCGUGUUCAUCCCCCCGUUCGACCAUGAGUUGGUGAUAGCGGGGCAGGGCACAGUGGGCAUGGAGAUUCUCCGCCAGUGGAGUACCUCAAUGCUGUCGCAGUCAGCACUAGCAGCAGCAGGGGAGGGCGAGGGGCUGUGCCACAUGGACCCCUCGAGUCUGCACGCGGUGUUUGUGCCGGUGGGGGGUGGUGGGCUUAUUGCUGGCAUCGCUGCUUACAUCAAGGCGCUUCAGCCAGAGGUGCGAGUGAUUGGGGUGGAGCCUGCUGAUGCCAACGCCAUGGCACUCUCUCUCUACCACGGCCGCCGAGUGGAGCUCUCAUCGUGUGGCACCUUUGCCGAUGGCGUUGCAGUGCGAACAGUGGGGGAGGAAACCUUCCGCCUUUCCCAGCAACUCGUGGACGGCAUAGUCCUCGUUUCGCGAGACGAGAUCUGCGCCGCCAUCAAAGACAUGUUUGAGGACACGCGCAGCAUCCUGGAGCCUGCAGGGGCGCUGGCGCUGGCGGGGGCGAAGGCGUAUUGCCGGCAGUACGGGCUCAAGGGCGAGGGCGUGGUGGCCGUGGCCAGCGGCGCCAACAUGAACUUUGACCGGCUGAGGCUGGUUUCGGAGUUAGCAGACUUGGGCGCGAGGAGGGAGGCGGUCCUAGCAACGACGCUGCCUGAAAUCCCAGGCGCUUUCAAGCAGUUUGCAAAAUUGGUGGGACCUGGCAUGAACAUCACGGAGUUCAAGUAUCGCUUCUGCUCCACUGAUGCUGCUCACGUGCUCUACAGGUGCGAGCAUGGUGCCCACGGUACAAUGUGGUUGGGUGUGCUGGGGUGCACUGGGGUGUGCUGGGGUGCACUGGGGUGUGCUGGGGUGCACUGGGGUGUGCUGGGGUGCACUGGGGUGUGCUGGGGUGCACUGGGGUGUGCUGGGGUGCACUGGGGUGUGCUGGGGUGCACUGGGGUGUGCUGGGGUGCACUGGGGUGUGCUGGGGUGCACUGGGGUGUGCUGGGGUGCACUGGGGUGUGCUGGGGUGCACUGCGGUGUGCUGGGGUGCACUGGGGGGUGCACUGGGGUGUGCUGGGGUGCACUGGGGUGUGCUGGGGUACACUGGGGUGUCCUGGGGUGCACUGGGGUGUGCUGGGGUGCACUGGGGUGUGCUGGGGUGCACUGGGGUGUGCUGGGGUGCACUGGGGUGUGCUGGGGUGCACUGGGGUGUGCUGGGGUGCACUGGGGUGUGCUGGGGUGCACUGGGGUGUGCUGGGGUGCACUGGGGUGUGCUGGGGUGCACUGGGGUGUGCUGGGGUGCACUGGGGUGCGCUGGGGUGCACUGGGGUGCACUGGGGUGCUCUGGGGUGUGCUGGGGUGCACUGGGGUGUGCUGGGUGUGGGCGUGCACACGGACGAGGACCUGCAGGCUAUGAUCACCCGCCUAGAGGCAGGCAGCAUGCCGACAGUGGACAUGACAGACAACGAUCUGGCCAAGGACCAUCUGCGCCACCUCGUGGGCGGACGCUCUGUGGGCGUGCACACAGAGGAAGACCUAGAAGCAAUGAUACUUCGUCUGGAGGAUGGCAGCAUGCCAACCGUUGACAUGACAGACAACGAUCUGGCCAAGGACCAUCUGCGCCACCUCGUGGGCGGGCGCUCGUCCCUCCCUCUUUCCCCAACGAGGUCCUCUCUUUCCUCUCUUUCCUCUCUUUCCUCUCUUUCCCCAACUAGCGUGGGCGUGCACACAGACGAGGACCUGCAGGCUAUGAUCGGCCGAUUGGAGGGAGGGGACAUGCCGACAGUGGACAUGACAGACAACGAUCUCGCCAAGGACCAUCUGCGCUCUCCCCCUCCCCACCCCCCUUCUGCUUUCUUCCCCCUUGCAGUGAUCACCCGCCUCGACACGGGAGAUAUGCCGACAGUGGACAUGACGGACAACGAUCUUGCCAAGGACCAUCUGCGCCACCUCGUGGGCGGGCGCUCGUCCCUUCCUGCCUCUCAGAAGCAGUCACCUCGCUCCAUCAUCCAUUGCUGCCUCCCCCCUCUCAAGUGCUGCUUCCUCUCGUUCUCUCCCCCUAAUCCCCCUUGCAGCGUUGGAGUGCACACAGAGGAGGACCUAGUGGCCAUGAUCACCCGCCUCGAAGCAGGGGACAUGCCGACAGAAGACCUAGAAGCCAUGAUCACACGGCUAGAAGGGGGGGACAUGCCAACAGUGGACAUGACAGACAACGACCUCGCCAAGGACCAUCUGCGCCACCUCGUGGGGGGGCGCUCGUCCCUCCCCAAUGAGAUUCUCUUCCGCUUCGUCUUCCCGGAGCGGCCCGGCGCGCUCGUCAAGUUCCUGGACCAGAUCAGCCCGCGAUGGAACAUCACUCUGUUCCACUACCGCCGCACCGGGGAGAUGAUUGCACAUGUGCUGGUGGGGUUGCAGGGGGAGAUGAUCGCGCACGUGCUGGUGGGGUUGCAGGGGGAGAUGAUCGCACAUGUGCUGGUGGGGUUGCAGGUGAUGCCUCACGAGGAGGCGGAGUUCAGAGCGGUGGCGGACGCGCUAGGAUACGAGUACAGUGAUGAGCGCAACAACAAAGCACUGCGCAUCUUCAUGCAAUAG